AUGGCUCCAUCUGCGGUGCCAAACGGCACUGCCAACGGCGUCAAUGGCCGCACCGACAGCCUCUCCGCCAACGACAACAUCCAGCGCUUUGCAGCUCCCAGUAGGCCUCUGAGCCCCCAGCCCGGCCACCAGCUCUUCCACCCCAAGACAAGAUGUUUCGUCUAGUAAGUCUCGCCCUCCGAGUCCAGACCACGCAGGCACGGCGAUUCUGACAACCAUUCAGCGGUAUGCAAACCAAGGCCGUCCAGGGUAUGCUCGACUUCGACUUCAUCUGCAAGCGCAAGACCCCGUCCGUCGCCGGCAUCAUCUACACAUUCGGAGGCCAAUUCGUGAGCAAGAUGUGAGCUUGCCGAGCAAGAGCAGCACCGCACCAUCCUGAGGCCGCAGAACUGACCGCAAUCUAGGUACUGGGGCACCUCCGAGACACUCCUCCCCGUCUACGAAUCCGUCGACACUGCCAUGGCAAAGCACGCUGACGUGGACUGCGUCGUGAACUUCGCUUCCUCCCGAUCCGUCUACAGCUCCACCAUGGAGCUCAUGGAGUACCCUCAGAUCAAGUCGAUUGCCAUCAUUGCCGAAGGUGUGCCGGAGCGACGAGCUCGUGAGAUCCUCCAUGUCGCCAAGAAGAAGGGCAUCACCAUCAUCGGUCCGGCGACGGUCGGUGGUAUCAAGCCUGGUGCCUUCAAGAUCGGAAACACGGGUGGUAUGAUGGACAACAUCGUGGCCUCCAAGCUCUACCGCAAGGGAUCCGUUGGAUACGUCUCCAAGUCGGGCGGUAUGUCCAACGAGUUGAACAACAUUGUCUCGCAGACAACAGACGGUGUAUACGAGGGUAUUGCCAUUGGUGGUGACAGAUAUCCUGGAACCACCUUCAUCGAUCACAUGCUCCGAUACCAGGCCGACCCGGACUGCAAGAUUCUGCUCCUGCUCGGUGAGGUCGGUGGUGUCGAGGAGUACCGUGUGAUUGAGGCUGUCAAGAGGGGCGUCAUCACCAAGCCAAUCGUCGCCUGGGCAAUUGGUACCGUUGCAUCCAUGCUGAAGACAGAGGUGCAAUUCGGUCACGCUGGUGCUCUCGCCAACUCUCAGCUCGAGACUGCUGCCAUGAAGAACAAGAGCAUGCGUGAUGCUGGUUUCCACGUCCCAGAGACCUUCGAGGACCUCCCGGCAACGCUCGCUGCCGUCUACAAGGACAUGCUCAACAAGGGCGAGGUCAAGCCUUCCCCCGAACCAGCUGUUCCAAAGAUCCCGAUUGACUACUCGUGGGCCCAGGAGCUCGGCCUCAUCCGUAAGCCAGCUGCUUUCAUCUCCACCAUUUCCGACGACCGUGGUCAGGAACUUCUCUACGCUGGCCUGCCCAUCUCCGACGUCUUCAGGGAGGAGAUCGGUAUUGGUGGUGUCAUGGCUCUCCUGUGGUUCCGCCGCAGACUGCCCGACUACGCCAGCCGAUUCUUGGAGAUGGUUCUCAUGCUUACUGCUGACCACGGUCCUGCCGUGUCUGGUGCCAUGAACACCAUCAUUACUACCCGUGCCGGCAAGGACCUGAUCUCUUCACUGGUCGCUGGUCUGCUCACCAUCGGUUCCCGUUUCGGUGGUGCCCUUGACGGCGCUGCGGAGGAGUUCACCCGUGCUUUCGACAAGGGUCUGAGCCCGCGUGACUUCGUUGACACCAUGAGGAAGGAGAACAAGCUCAGUAAGUGCGAUGAACCAUUUGCGAGAUUCCGAACACUAACCGCGUGCAGUUCCUGGUAUUGGUCACCGUGUCAAGUCGCGCAACAACCCCGAUCUCCGUGUCUCCCUCGUCAAGGAGUACGUGCAGAAGAAUUUCCCAUCCAGCAAGCUCCUCGACUACGCGCUCGCCGUCGAGACCGUCACGACCUCGAAGAAGGACAACCUCAUCCUCAACGUCGACGGCUGUAUCGCCGUCUGCUUCGUCGAUCUCCUCCGCAACUCCGGCGCUUUCUCCCCCGAGGAAGCGGAAGACUACCUCAAGAUGGGCGUGCUCAACGGCCUCUUCGUGCUCGGACGAUCAAUUGGUCUCAUUGCUCACUACCUCGACCAGAAGAGACUGCGCACUGGUCUGUACAGACAUCCCUGGGACGACAUCACCUACUUGCUCCCCGAGUUGGGCAAGGGUGCUCCGGGCAACGAGGGUCGUGUUGAGGUUAAUGUCAAGUAA